AUGAGCAAGGCGGCCAUCGACGCCGUUACAAGGAAGAUCGUCACACAACUAUUCCGGAUGAUGGGCCUAGAGCCAAGCAAAUACACCCAGGCAUUUGAGGAAUCUUCCAACACGCUCAAGACCCCCAAAGACGAUGUUGUUUUGGUCGUGGACCUCGAUAAAUUCCUCACCAAUAAAGACGAUGGUCUUCACAAUGGAGCGCAUCCUGCCACUACUUGA